UUGUUAUUGGGAUGAUACACAUAAAAUAUCAGGAAAUGACAUUUACUUACCCACGCAUCGGUAGCAGCAUCUAAGCAGGUGUCGCUAACUUGGGUUGGAAGAGCAUUCUGUGUUAUAAAAACUAUAACCCAAGUAAGGGUUGUCCUUCAUUGUUGUAAAACUUGCUAGUUCUAGUUCCAGUAAGGGACAUCAUAGUGAGUAUCAGCAAUGAAAGAUAUACACUAUCCUUCAUCCGAAGGACGAGAAUAUGAGCAGGUCAAUUAUCUAUCAUUUAUAAAGUGAUUCACAGUGGUAUUUGAUAUAUUAAGCUAGGACUUAGCGUACACUUGUACAAUGUCUGCUGGGACAAAGGGAAGCACUGGGAUGUAAGCUGCGUCUAAAAAAACUUUUUUUUCCAGGCAUGUCACACACAAAAAAAGAAUUGCAAAUCGCGAAUUAACUCUUUUUUUUUCUUCUUUUUAACAACGAAAACUUUAUAUGGAACCUCAAACCCAACCUCACCCAUGCUUGUUAAAAGUCCCUGAUUUUGCUGAUUGGGCCACCAACACAACCGAAUGCACCCACAUUAGCCUAGUCGAGGAACAAAAGGGAGACAGUGAUUCAACUGAUCAAGCCAAGUACAUAACUUUUCAACCUGAAUUCACCUAUCCUAUUUUUGGAGAUCAUGAAACUGCUUUUGGCUACAAGGAUCUGUCCAUCAAGCUUGAUUAUACAAGUGGUGGAUUAACCACUUUACUCAGAGUUGACUAUUCCCAAAAAUACAUACCCGAAAAAGACGUGGACAAUGUAUUUGACACAUUAUCCGAGUAUUUACACCGAGGAUAUCUUACAGAUCACGACCGAUUUAUGGAUGCAGUGAAGACUGACGCAGAGUCCUUUAAACCUCUAGGCGAGAAAAUCAGUGAAUAUACACGAGAGAUUGAUGGUAUUACACAGCAUUUCGAAAUAUACAAGUCCUCCUUUUCAAGUGCCAAGUUUAGAGAAUAUCAUAGCCGUAUGCAGUUAUUUGUCUUGUUAUUUAUUGAAGGAUCUAGUUUCAUUGAAGAUGAUGAUGACAAGUGGGAGAUUUACACCUCUUUUAGACGCGAUGAAAACGUAUAUCAUUUUAUGGGAUACUGCACAACCUAUCCUUUUUACUGCUGGCCUGAAAACACGAGAAUGAGAAUUAGUCAAUUUUUAAUGCUCCCACCUUAUAAGAAGCGAGGUCACGGUAGUAAAUUAUACCAGACAAUCUACGAUAUUUUCAAAGCAAGGCCCGAGAUUUGUGAAAUCACGGUGGAGGAUCCCAAUGAAGAAUUUUCAGAUAUGAGAGACAAAAAUGAUAUUCGAUACCUCUUAAAUCAUGGUGCUUUUGAAGGCGGCUUAAAAGCACCCGUGUCUGCGGAUCGUAUUUCUCAAUUAUGCACCCAGUACAAAUUAACCAAUCGACAGACACAACGAUGCAUUGAAAUGUACUUGCUGUCCAAUAUCAAUAAGAUGAAUCCAGUAGAAUACAAGGACUAUCGAUUGCAAGUGAAACAAAGACUUUAUUCUUUUAAUUUUGAUGUGCUUCGAGAAAUGGACCCUAAAGAAAGAAAAGAAAAGCUCCAAGAAACGUAUUUGGGCGUAGAAGAAGAUUAUCACAGACUUUUAGAAAUUAUUUAAUAUCAAUAAAAGAGAAUAAUAAGGGUAAAAGGGGGAUAUAAUAAUACAGUUUAUAAGAGGUUGUUGAAUAUGUGUGUAUAUAUAUAUAUAUAUAUAUUUUUUUUUUGUUUUUUUUUGUUUUUUAAAAAAAAAAGAAAAUGUCGUGUUUUUUUGUUUGUUUUGUUUCAAAAGGUAUAUAAA